GCCCUUUGUUUCCGUGCAGAUCCUCUACCUGUAGUGCACAUGGUUUCGUCCAGAGAGCACGACUGGACGGAGCAGGAGAUCUCCGUGGAGUCCAGCCCAACCAUCAUCUACCAGGAGGUUUCCGCUGCGGAGGCUCAGUCUGCAACCUCCACCAUCAAAGCCCUGCUGGAGCUGCAGCAGACCUCGGCAGUGAAAGAAAAGGCAGAGGCCAAACCUCGUCAGCACACCAUCGAUCUGAGUCAGAUGGCCGUUCCCCUCCAGCUGGUUCCGGAGAAGAAGCCGAGCCCCGAGUCCCCGAGACCCUCGUCCUCCUCCGAGGCUGAACCCAGCGCAGAGCACAGCAUCGCAGGUACCAAUCUGCUGCAGGACGCACUGUGUGAAAUAUAUCAGAGGACACGGCAGAAUCUCAAGAACUCAAUGAAUUUCCUUCUCUUUAUUUAAGUAUUUUUCAAACUGCUCUUGACUUUAAAAAAC